GGUGAUCCCGCCCACCGUGCGGGUCAGGCCGCCUACCGUGUUCUAUAUGUCGAGCAAAGAUAUGGUUAGUCAGUCAGUCAGCCAGUGCACGGACACGGACACGGGAUGCGGAUGAGUGUAUGGAUGAGGAUAUGGAUGAGUGUACGGAUGAAUGUAUGGAUGGGUGGUAAAGGAGGCUGCAAGAAGGGACAGCGACAAAAGACUCACACCGACGGCAGAGGUGACGAACUUUGCGGCGCCGGUGACGCCUUCGUCGGACGAGGAGGUGUUGAUGGGCAUUCUCGUGUUAUGUGCGAUGCUCUGCUUCUGCUUCUCCUUCGCCUUGCUUUUCCUGUAUAUCUUCUUCGAGGCUCGAGGGAGUGCGCUAUUGUGUCUGCGUCUGUGUCUGUGUCUGCUUUCCUGAUCACAAACGAUUUCCCAAUGCGGAAUGCGAAAUGCGGAACGCUGGACGCUUGAGCGGGGACGAUAGAUAGGAUUGGAUCUGGAAAAAUGGAGUUGAGGGGUGUUUUGCAUCGUCGUUGCAAGUGGCGCGUGCAUACAUGCUAUGUACCCCAGGCCUGAUGGGCACAGUUGGGCGAAGAUGACGAUGAUGUCAUUCAUACCCUGCUUUACGUAGCACAUGCGUACAACGAUCUUGGAUGUCGAGUUUCUCCUAAGUAUCGACCAGGGCAUCCCCUGCUCGAGGCC